UCUUCAACAUUUAUUUAAAUAAUGUUUAACGAUAUAAAGGAUGACGGUUUUUUCGAAGAGGAACCAAUGUGCAAAGCUAUAGAUUUGUCGAAUGAUACGAGAUCGUUAAAAACUUCGAUGAAAAUAAUAUAUAAAAAAUUAUUGGACAUGCAAAGUUGUUGUGCAAUUAAAGAAGGUGACAAUAAGAUCGUAGGUGUUGCAAUUGCUUCGAUAAAUUUCAUGGGAGAUCACGUACGAUCGGAAACACGAGUAAAAGUAGAUCAUAUAUUUGUCUGGGUUAUAUUUUUUCUUUUGUUUAUAAUAAUUUUUGUUAUUACAAUUUUAAUCUUUCUUUUAUUUUGUUCUUUGCAGUUACAUCAAGGUGAUGCGAUUUUUAAUAUUAUGAGCAUGAAAAGUUGUGUUUUUUCAAAAGCACGUCCUUAUGAUCGAUUACAAAUUGAACAAUUUUUUCGCAUACAUUUGUUAUACGUAAACAAGGAUAAUCGAAAUAAAGGUAUUGGAACUGCAUUAAUAAGUUGUUGCAUCGAUCUAGCAAGAAAUCUUUUAGCACCAGCUUGUAUAGGAGGAUUUAGUUCAACGAUAACACAAAUUAUUGGUAAUAAUUAUUAAUGGAUUCAUUUGUCAAUAAAUGUCAAUCAAUAUAAUAUAUAUAUAUAUUUUUUUUUUUAUAUUAAUUAUAAUUUGUUUCAUUUUUAAUUUAUUACAAAUAAAGCACGUAAAUUAGGAUUUACAUUAUUAGCCGAAGUAAAAUAUAAAGAUUUUCAAAUGUACAACGACGAAUCGAAAUCAUUCGAAAUUCCAUUUGAAAGUUCUACCGAUGGAAAUAAUUCAUUGGCUUGUAUGGCUUUAUUUAUUAAAUUAUCGACACUACCUUUACGACAAUUAACGCCUAAACAAAUUUUUAAUAAUAAAAAACAAACUUCUUC